AUGGUCCAACUUUACGUUCAAAUCCCAGGAGACACAACAAACUGUCCAGAAUGGGCAAUUAUUGAUCUACAGGGAGAUUUAGAAACACGACAUCCAGUACCAUUAAGUGGAAAGUUUAUUGGUGAUUUACAUUUUACUAAAAAGGAUGCUCCUGUAUUUAUCAUUGGUCACCACAUUCUUUACGGGAAAAUUGUUGAACUUGAAAAACCAUUUGCUGUACUAAAAAAAAUGAUAUCAACAGAUGAGAGUAAUGAUAAUAUGGACACAGAUUGUGAUAAAGACAAUAAUCAUUAUGAAGUAGAAGCUUUAAUCAGAAAGAAAAUACUGUUUAAAACAAGACCCAAACCUAUCAUCGCUAACGUUCCCAAAAAGUUGUGA